AUUAAGAAAUGAAUUAAUGAAUGAAUAAAUCCUCUUCAGAAUGUUCCCUCGGCUUCUGAAAUCUCGCGAGAGUUUCCUUCAUGCAGCUGUUGCCAAGGAAACCAAGACUAACAGGUGCAGCUCUCUGUUUCUAAAGCUUUUAAACCUUAACUCAUAAGCACUUUCAUCGACAGACACAUUGAGCUUUCCUUAUUAUUUCCUUUUUUAUUAUUAUUUUUUUAAUGCAAACGAUUUAUAUCCGCAAUGGGAGGGGAUUACUACGAGACUCUGGAAAUAAACAGAGAUGCAACCAACGCAGAUAUCAAAAAGGCAUAUCGACGUCUGGCACUGAAGUUUCACCCGAAUAAGAACAGUGAAAAAGGAAGUUCCGAAAAAUUCAGUCAGCUGGGUGAAGCCUACGAUGUUUUGAGCGACCUUCGAAAAAAAGCAACUUAUGACAAGUUUGGUGAGGAUGGUCUGAAAGGUGGUAUCCCACUUGAGUUCUGUGAAGAUGGUGCUUGGUCAAGUAAAUACACCUAUCAUGGAGAUCCAGAGAAAACAUUCAAACAGUUUUUUGGAAGUGACAACCCCUUUUCAGUCUUCUAUACAAAUGAUGCACCACUUCAGUUUGGUGGCCUGCAACCAGGAGUGGUGAAGACACAGGAUGCUCCCAUUGAGCGAGACCUUCAUCUGUCCCUGGAUGACCUUUUCCACGGAUGUACAAAAAAGAUUAAGAUAUCUCGAAGGGUCAUGAAUGAGGAUGGAUGCACUUCCAGUAUCAGAGAUAAGAUCCUGACUAUAGUCGUAAAACCUGGAUGGAAGGAAGGCAUGAAGAUAACUUUCCCUAAAGAGGGAGAUCAGGGACCAAACAAUGUUCCUGCAGAUAUUGUGUUCAUAGUGUGUCAGAAGAGUCAUCCUCUGUUUGUCAGACAAAACAAUGACUUGAUCUACAAGGCACAAAUCUCUCUGGAGAUGGCCUUGACUGGUUUCUCUGUGGACGUGGAGACACUAGAUGGCAGACUACUCAACAUUCCCAUCAAUGAAAUUGUCCACCCUGCAUAUAGAAAAGUGGUGACUGGAGAGGGACUGCCGCUGUUUGAGGAUCCUUCCCAGAGAGGAAACCUCAUCAUUACCUUUGACAUCAAGUUCCCUGAGAAGCUCUCAGCUGAAAGAAAACAACUGAUCAAACAAGCACUUAGUUCUUAAUAUCAGUCAUAUUUUAAUGUGUUGCAGUCCUGAGAGUAUACAUUUGAUCAGCAUCAACAGUAUUUGUUUAACAUUUUCAUACUUUAAUUCAAAAUAAACAUUUGGAGG